AUGGCCAUUCCAAACCAAAAAAGAAUACUCAAAUGGACUAGGGAAUGUUGUGGACGAGGAGGAAAAACAAUUGAUGAUGUGUCUUCGCACAUAGAUACACAGCUCCUCAGGACUGGCAGUAAGGAACGUCGAAAAAAAUAUUCGAUCUCGCUUCCUACUUUCAUCGCCACAGAAGGACAUGUCGAAAAUAGUGUGAAGGAUCCACCGUGGGAAGCAGACCUCAAAGAGGUCUUUUGUACCUUGUGUCGUCUUUUCAACUUCUUUAUCCCUCUUGAAUACCCUUGCAAUGUUGGUCAGAAGUUUUGGGGAGCGGUUCAGGAUCUCAUAGAGAACAUACCUCGGAUGUGCGAAAUAUCCGCCAUGCAGGAAAUGACCAAGCGAUCACGUCGGUUCCGCAUGGUGAAGUCCUUCUUUGUGGCCGAUCUAAGUCAUCCGAAGUACGCAGACGUUCGAGCAGGGACUGAUCUGGAGCUACUCAUCCAGUACCCCGACGAGUGCGCAACGUGCAAGACUCAGAUGGCAUACUCCUCGCAAUCAGAUGCUUGCGAUCAUUUAUUUACACAUCAUCUUCAGGCUUCUCCUGAGCAGCUGUCCGAGAAUGACGAAUUAGACAGAGACACCUAUCGGAUCCCCUCGAGUCUGGUUGAAGGCUUCCAGCAUCUUUUAAUGAUGCUCGUGACGACCGCGAGCCUGUCAAAGUCUGCACUGCGGAACCGAGAAACUUAUGCUGAUCCUGAUCCUGUGUCGACAUUUCUCCAACCCUACGAAUCAAACCGGGUCGGUGCAUACGGCUCAUGCGAUUGUAGAGAUCGUUCUCAUGGCUAUACUGACGACAGAACUGAUGUCGUGGCCUAUGAAGCCGUAGGGCCUGGCUUGGCUCUAGCUCUGGUCAUGGGAAACAUCCAGUCAAGUGACUCGAGAAACAACACUGUGGACUUGCUCGAUAUCUAUCGAGAGUCUAUCAGAUGUCUCGCGAGUCCAUACAGUUGCCUACUCGGGCACUGA